UUAAUAGUAUAUCCUUUCCAUCACAGAGUGCAGCUUCGUCUUUGAGCGCCACUCGUUAUAAUUACAUCGCAGUUGCAACACCACUAUUUUACAUGUAACUGGUUUUCUUAUAUUGAUUGUGCGCUUUUCAGGAGGAUGCAGGUGAAAACGUUUCUCUCUCUUUAGGGCAAGGUGUUUAGAAACGACGGCGCUACACCUUUAAAGCGCCCGCUUUCCAACAAGUAGCGCGGCAGCCCCCCCUCCCAAAGGUGCUCUUUCACUUCCAGAUGAUUUUUCCCCCCCGUCCCCCGACAUGACAGAAAUCAGCGGCUCCGGCAACACGCCACGAUUCGCAGCCGUCAAAGCGGAGCCGUGACCGUUAAUAAGCCCCAUCCCCAUCCGUCCGCGCGGCGCGCAUCGGCGAAAGUGGCAGGUGAAGUGACACAGCGACAGGCACCGGAGUCAUGCUGAAGAUGCAAAGGGGACAAAAAGUCCCUUUGCGCUGAUCUGCAAAGCGAGAGCGUCUUUAACCGAGCACAGCACAUUAUCCCGUUCUGUCAUUUUUUAUUUUUUAGCGUGAAGCAAACAGUUUGCUGGAAACAUGUCCAGGAAAAAGGCAGGCAAAGCGAAGAGCAGCCCGAGCGCGUCGCCCAAAAGCAAGGAGAGCGGUAAGCGCGGCAGAGGCGGCAGCGAUGCGCAGCCAGGCGGCGCGGUCCGGCCCAGCAGACCGUCGCUGAGCAGCAGCGGCGAGUUUUACGACCUCGCAUUUAAGGUGAUGCUGGUAGGGGACUCGGGCGUGGGCAAGACGUGCGUGCUCGUCCGCUUCAAAGACGGUGCCUUCCUGGCCGGGAGCUUCAUCUCCACCGUGGGCAUCGACUUCAGGAACAAAGUGCUGAACAUCGACGGGGCAAAGGUGAAGCUGCAGAUCUGGGACACGGCUGGCCAGGAGCGAUUCCGCAGUGUUACACACGCCUAUUACCGUGACGCCCAUGCUCUCCUGCUGCUCUACGACGUCACCAACAAAUCAUCUUUUGACAACAUGCAGGCUUGGCUGACCGAGAUCCAUGAGUAUGCCCAGCAGGACGUGGUGCUGAUGCUGCUGGGCAACAAGGCCGACGCCGCGCACGAGAGGGUGGUGAAGAGGGAGGAGGGAGAGAGGCUGGCCAAGGAAUAUGGCGUUCCUUUCAUGGAGACCAGCGCCAAGUCUGGCCUGAAUGUGGAGCUGGCCUUUACUGCCAUCGCCAAAGAGCUGAAGCACAGGACCAUGAAGGACGAGGGCGAGCAGAAGUUCCAGCUGCAGGAGUACGUCAUGAAGGAGACAAGGAGCACCGGCUGCUGCGGGUCCUAGGCCGAGGCGGGCGGAGUGUGUGUGUGUGUGUGUGUGUGUGUGUGUGUGUGUGUGUGUGUGUGCAGAAAUGUAUGUGUUUGUGACCCCCUCAACUUGGCAUGCGAUAACUGGGACACUGGCCACAGACGUGUCCUGUCCAGAAUUUGGAUGACGGGAUUGGAUUUAUGGGGAGACGGGUCUGUGAAACCCCCCACCCCGCCUGCCACACACUGUCAGCACUCAGGCUCAGGCUCCCCCUCCCAGGGACCCCUCACCUCCAUCUGUGAUGGGCUGGAGCGAAGGUGGAGCGGGACACCCCGAGCGGGGUGUGAUCACAUACCCCGAUGGCCGUAGCAGGUGUGCAUGUGUGUGCCUCCCUUCGCCGCCACAUUGAAGCUGGACCUCGUCAGCCUGUGCCCCCCCCAAAGGACGUUAGACACCUGCAUGGAGUAACCAGGACUCCAGGCUGAGGGACUAGUUUGUGUUAUCGAGCCUCUACGUCUCUCCCUUGGACUGUUUCCUGAGAACACACACACACACACACACGGGUAUCAAUAUCUUUGUGGGGACUCUCCAUUCAUCUCUAUGAGCAUUCUCCUAAUCAAAACUAUGACGCCCUUAAGCCCCACCCAGCCCUAACUUUAACCAUAAGUAACCAAACUAAAUACAAGCCUUUGGGUAUUUUUAGUUUUCUGAUUGCAGUCACAUAUAUUUUAUAAAACUGAGUUUCCCCUCCACACACACACACACACACAAACUCAAGCUACAUCAACUUUCCCGGCCAGAUAAUCCAGCACUCUGACACACCAAACACUGUGUAAACUCCACCGCGACCACGUGUAACACCCACAGACCAGCAGACAUCAUCAUCAUGCUCAUAUCAUCCACACUUACCUCAUAUGGCUCACAAUCCAGGCUCCCACCCCACAAAGACUCCCCUGCAGUCAGCCCUCCCUGUUACUGCCCCCCAAACAACCAUAAUCGUUAAUGGAUUUUAACUCCCUGCAGUGACCUGUCAGACCUUUAACCCAUAGUGUGUAUAUCCCAGAUAUCCAACUUUACUGUUUUUUCCCCUGAAUUUCGUGAGUGACCCUUGAUUAGAAAUUGUUUGCCCUCACCCCCCCCCCCCCAUUCCAAUAAUUUUUAUUUAAAUGCGACCCCCUGAAAUCUGUGCAGUCUGAGCAACAUAUUCGAGAAUGUAUGUAGGUAUUGUAUGUAGUCUCUGAUAUGUGAGUCACAACGGCUGCGUUUUAAAGUUCCUGCACGGACAUCCGGACCCAGACUGACAGCGGGCCUCUUGGCAGCCUCUCCGAGAUCGUCGGCCAUCUUUCUCACCACUGGACUUUAGUCUUUCUGUGUGUUAAACAUUGCUGAUAGAUGCUUCAUUUUAGAACAGACCCCCGGCAUCUUAGGUGGUUUAUUUUGAAUGCUGUGCAAAAAGGAAGAUGCAGCACAGCACACUGCUGACAGAGGGAUCAGGGCAGGUGACAAUGGCUGGCUGUUAACAUUACAGCUUAGCCCCCGGGUGCAAAUCAGCGUCUCCCACGUAAACGCGCAGCGAUUAAUGAAUAUUGUGGAUAAAGCAAACGCCACGCUUCAUUACCCGAAGUCCAGAGGUUUUAAAAAGUUAUAAUUACGAGUUAAUGAAGUUCGGUGGUGUUACCUUUGCCAGUGUUCGGUUGUUACUGAUGUCGCUGUAGAUUAUGCAGAGUUGACGAGUGCAUGUGUAUGACAUCUUCACUCAGGGAAAGGAGAACAUUUCCUGCAGGUGAGUAUGACUGCGAAUAUGUGCUUCACAUGCCAAAAUGAUGGUGUGGGACUGCAAUUAUUUUAAUGGCUUUCGUUUUUGUCAGGUUUCAUGCUAUAAUCCGUGGAAAAACUGGAAAAAAUACUAUUUCCAAUGAAAGGCAUCCAUUUUCUAAAGGCGUGUUUAGAUGUCAAAUGUAAAUGACAUAGCAUGACAUAUUCAAUAAUAUUUGAUGUGGUUGCUUUGUACCCUGCAAACUAAUUUCCACGAAAUUAGAAGGCACUAAUUGUAAAAUAUGUUUAAACAGACCCUAUAUAUUUUCCCAGCUGUCUAAAGUCCUGAAAGUUAAUUGAAAGACCCAUAGGCCUAAUCGUGACCGCAGCCCUACGCAGAGUUGCCCAUAUUUCAGGCGAUAGCUGUACGAAUCUUCUACCUAUUUUCCAUGUUUGAAGUGGUAACUCAUCCAGCGGGUCAUAAAACGUGGAUGUUGAUUUAUCUGAAAUAUUGAAAUUAAGUGUUUAACAUUCCGACUAGAACUAAUACAUUCACCCUUGUAUUCACACUCAGGUUGUGCUGCAUGUUACUUGGUCAGGUAGGGGGCGAUGAGGCUGUCUUGGGUGACUGAGACUCCCCGGGUGCUGAGACUCUCUCAGGUCCAUGAUACUCCCAGGAACCAAGACUGUCUUUGAUGACUGAGACUAUCCGGGCACUGAGACUCCCUUGAAUCACUGAGACUCUCUUGGGUGACUGAGACUCCCGGGUGCUAAGAUUCUCUUGAAUGACUGAAACUACCUUGGCGCUGAGAGUCUCUUGGAUCACUGAGACUCCUAGGCACUGAGACUCUUCCGGGUCACUGGGACUCCCAGGUGCCGAGACGCCCUCGGGUCACUGACACUUCUGGGCCAGUGAGACUCCUAAGCGCUGGGACUCUCUUGGGUCACUGAGACUCCCCAGGCUCUGAGACUCUCUUGGGUCACUAAGACUUCUGGGUCAGUGAGACUCCCCAUGUGCUGGAACUCUCUUGGGUUACUGAGACUCCCCAGACGCUGAGACUCUCUCAAGUCACUAAGACGUCCAGGUCAGUGAGAUGCUCUGGGUCGCUGAUCUCGUGAACUUUUCACGUUCCGGAUCCACCAUCAAGCAUAACAACCUGACAACUUGUACUUAAUACAUGGAAGCACCAUGUGUGGCUCUUAGCUUUAGCGAAGUAGAAUAAGCAGGCAUUGCUUUUGGGAACUUUAGAUGCCUUUAAACCGCACAUGUAAUAAGAUGAACUGGGCAGUGAAAACUCUCAAGCGAAAUGUCAUUUAGGGAAAUAAAGUGUUAAUGUGUUGUCUUUUGUGAAAUGUGUCUGUGUUGUACAGGAAAUGGUGAGGAUACCCCCCCCCCCCCCCCCCGUGUAUCUAGAGAUACAGUAUUAAUUUCUUAAUUUCAACAAGUAUUAAGAGCACACGAUUGUAAUAUAGGUGUAGCGAUUUGCAUUUAGUUUUAAUCUUUCAGUGAUAUUCUUUCAGUCGUCUUUUGUCUGUGAUUUAGAGACAGUGUUAGAAGUUUGUUUUGAACACAUUUUGGCCAUGAACUUCGUCCGGUAUGCGGUUACACAGUCCACCGCAAAUCGCUUUGCUGCUACGCGGGGACGAAUUUCCAUUUGUGCUCAGUGGAGUAAUGUUCAAUGAAAAUACUUGGUGUCAUGUUACGUUUUCGGAGUUUUUAAAUGCAUAACUUGUAUGAAAUAAAAUAUAUAAUGAACUAAA